AUGGCGAAACUCAGUAUCCCGUCUAACGAACGUAACGGUUCGGCUACGGCUGCUGGUCAGCGCACAACAAGCGCAGCAGCAUCCCAAGAGCCUCGCAUGGGAGUGCUGGCCGAAAUUAUCCGCGUUGAAACAGAAAAGUUGGAAACAUAUCUCAAAGAGCACGGCAUCACUCAACCGAGUUUUCAUGUAGACGCUCCUCUCGAUUUCCCCCACUUGCCCGACGAGAUUCAGGAGAGCCGCCAGAAGAUUGUCUUCGCCACGAAUGAGCUGGCAAACCUCGUUAGGGGCCCUCGAGAGAGUGUGAGAUUUAGUGCAUGGAGUUAUCUGGACAGCUUGAGUCUGCAACUUAUCAACAGCUAUCAGCUUGCUAAGCUCGUCCCCUUGGACGCCCCUAUUUCGUUGAAAGAACUUCAGUCCAAGACUACUCUGGAACCAAUCUUUCUUGCUCGUACUCUACGCUACGCUAUGACAAACUACAUGUUCUACGAGCCAUCUCCGGGAUACAUUGCCCACACUGCCAAUUCUCGUGUUCUAGCUCAAGACUCUUCACUUCAGGCCUGGGUUGGCUUCAACUCAGACAGCUGUUUUCCUGCCGCUGCCAAGGUGCCAGACGCCUUGAAAGGGCACCCCGAGGCCGUCGAGCCGACUCAUGCAGGGUUCAAUUAUGCUUUCGACACAGUAGGCAAAGAGCCCAUGUAUGCGACUCUCGCCAAGAAGCCUAUUGAAUCCGAUCGCUUUGCUCGCGCCAUGGUAAGCUUCACACACGGAGAGGGCUAUGAAGUCAGCCACCUGGUGGACAACUAUGACUUUUCAGACGUCGAUGCGCGUGGGGGCACAUUCGUGGAUAUCGGCGGCAGUCAUGGUUUUGUAUCGGAGGCUUUGGCAAAGAAAUGGAAGAAUGUCAACUUCAUCGUGCAAGACAGGCAAGAAAUGGUGGAUUCUGCCCCAAAGCCCGUCUCCGAGGAUCCAACAGUGGCAGAAAGGCUCUCCUUUCAAGUUCACGACUUCUUUAAAGAGCAGCCUGUCAAAGGCGCAGAUGGUGAGCCGACCUCUUGUUUCCUGAUUCAGUCGCCUCGAUUCCCUCUCUCGAGUACAAAAGCUAACAGAGUGCUAGUCUAUUACUUUCGAUGGAUUCUUCAUAACUAUUCUACGCCGUAUGCUGUUAAAAUUCUCAAAAGCCUCAUUCCUGCACUCAAGCCAGGAUCCCGCAUCGUCAUCAACGAUUACUGCAUCCGGGAACCGGGGUCAGAGACUCUGUGGGAUGAUAAGCUCCUGAGAAGUCUAGAUAUGAUCAUGGGGGUUCUCUUCAACUCGCAAGAGCGAGACGAGCAGGAGUUCCGCGAUCUAUUCAAGGCUGCCGACCCUAGAUUUCACUUCAAGGGCGUCCUAAGAGUCGAAAACUGUAAGAUGAGCGUUAUAGAGGCAGUAUGGGACGAGUAG